AUGCCUAACAAUCCUAUUUGGAUGGCUUUUUAUCUUAUCACAAGCAAGAUCUAUGCCAAUGCUAUUCUAACUAUGUUUAACUCACAGAUGCCUACAAGAGCUGUGGACAAGUCAAACACUGAGAUCUCCAGUGAUAUAUGGAAAUAUCAUGGCAACAGUUCCCACACAAUAGAACCAGUCACAUCCUUCACAAUCCAGCCCUAG